AGUUUAUGUACUGAGCAGGUCAAAUAGUAGAACGUGUUAUUAGGAGGGAAACAACAUAAUUUAUUUUUAAAAAGUAUUGGAAGUUUUUUUUUUUUUUUUAAAUCAUACGUAUUUAUUAAAGUUGAAGAACCGUGUAUUUCCUCUGAGGAAAGACAUGAAAGAACGUGCCUUCUCAUUGUGGAUUUUCUUUUUAACUUGCGUAGCCACUGUCUUAUCUUCUGUCCUUGAGGAGGAGGGACUUUUUAGAGAUGGCACCAUUGCUGAUCUGCUGAAGGAUGGAAACCGCAGUGAAGAUGUUGUUGGUCCCAAUGUGAAGUAUUGCCUUCGGAAGUCCCGUAACCCCGAUGACGUUGGUUGUUAUCUCAACCCUGGCCAGAACGACAGUCUACAGGAAUGUGGCUUCAACGCAACAGCCAAGACUAUCCUAGUGAUCCAUGGGUGGGCUAUGAGUGGUAUGUUUGAGAACUGGCUCCAUAAGCUGGUUUCUGCUAUUCAGGAACGUGAAAGGGAAGCCAAUGUCAUUGUGGUUGACUGGCUCAACCUUGCCCACCAAGUGUAUCCAGAUGCUGUUAACCACACACAAACUGUCGGGGAUGACAUUGCAAAGUUACUCGAAUGGUUGAAGGAUGAAUUGAACUUGCCUCUUCAAAAUGUGCACAUGAUUGGGUACAGCCUGGGGGCUCACGUGGCUGGCUAUGCUGGUACCUCUGUGAAUGGGACAAUCGGCAGAAUAACAGGUCUGGACCCGGCAGGCCCCAUGUUUGAAGGGGUCGAUUCGCACAAACGCCUGUCUCCUGAUGAUGCUGACUUUGUGGAUGUUCUGCACACCUACACAAGGGAGGCUUUGGGUGUCAGCAUUGGCAUCCAGCAACCUGUGGGUCACAUUGACAUUUAUCCUAAUGGAGGGGAUAUCCAACCUGGCUGUGGUUUAAGUGACAUCCUGGGCACAAUGGCUUAUGGAGGUUUUGGGGAAGCUGUAAAGUGUGAGCAUGAGCGCUCAGUGCAUCUUUUUGUAGAUUCACUUCUGAAUAAAGAUCACCAGAGCUUUGCAUACCGGUGCACGGAUCCCAGACGCUUUAAGAAAGGGAUUUGCCUGAGCUGCAGGAAAAACCGAUGCACCAGUCUGGGCUACAAUACCAAGAAGAUGCACAACAGGAGAAACAGCAAGAUGUACCUCAAAACACGGGCAGAUAUGCCUUUUGGAGGUUAUCACUACCAGAUGAAGAUGCAUGUUUUUAGCAAAGCCGAUGGGGAGGACAAGGACCCAACAUUUUUUGUUAAACUUUACGGUGCCCAUAAUGACACACAAGACCACAGUGUUGACCUACCGGACAAGAUUGGCCUGAAUUUUACCAACUCCUUCUUGGUCUUCACUGAAGAAGACAUUGGGGAUCUGCUCAAGAUCAAACUCUCCUGGGAAGGUGCUCCUAAGUCUUUGUCUUCGAUGUGGAAAAAGAUUAAGUCUUUAUUUCUCUUUGGAGGAACCAAAGAGAACCAGGUACUGGAGGUGCGGCGCAUUCGUGUCAAGUGUGGAGAAACCCAAAAGAAGUUCACUUUCUGUGCUAAAGAUCCAACUGCAACCAAGAUAACCCCUGGAAAUGAGAUAACGUUUGUCAAGUGUCGGGAUGGAUGGGAAGUCAAACCUAGAAAAAGAUUGCACUAUUAAAUCAGGCUGAAACUUCAAAAAACUGACCCACAUACCCAAUGGGGACUGAAGCAGAAAUGCCCAAAACAUCAUCCAUGUUUCUCUAUGCACUUGCAAAGCCCUUUGGUGCUUCUACUGUAUGUUCGGUAAAGGAGCAGCCGUGUGGAUCCAGAAUGAUACUAGCCAACUGGGAGGAAGGAAAGCCCUUCUAACUACACAUGGACUUCUGACUGAGCUUCUGUUGUACUGCCUGCUUGAACACCAGCUGCCUACAAGCCACUGAGAUCAACAAGCAAAGGCACGAUGCAUUCUGUUUGUUACUGUGAUGUGUGUAUGUAUAAAGUACAUGUUUUGUAUGCUCCAAUUAAUAUUUGUGUAUUUUUGUAAGUAACUUAUUUUGUCGGAGAAGUAAAUUCUUUAUGAAUCCUCUUACACCCUUGUCAUAAUACUAUGGUGUGUACGUAGAAGUUAGUCUGCAUGCAUCCAUCUCCCUGGAGCUGGACCAAGAUUUCUAAAUAUUUGCUAGAGAAAGGAAAGGCUACUAAUAUAGCACACAGGUUUGACUAGUUUCACACCUGUAGUCAUUCUCCAAUGCAAUAGUUACUUUUACUAGAGAGGGAUCUAGUGUCUUUUUUUUUUUUUUUCAUUCACAUUUAAAACUGAUUCAACAAGGGAGGAAGGCAUAUAAAAAGUUACUGAGCACAGGUUCAAAGUAAAUUUGUACAGCUUUACAAAAGGUCAAUGAUACCAUUUUGUUACAUAAUUAAGAAAUGGUAUUAAAGAUAUGCAAAACAGUUUCAGAAAGGCUGUUCCCAUGUACUUCUACCAGCCUAAGUAUUUUUCAAUAGUGUGACAGCAGCCAACUGGCACAGGAGUAGACAUGUGGAAAGAGCAACAGAAACUGAUGUCUAAAUGCACAUGUGUGCUUAAUGACACGCUGCAGUAAGAAAUGCCCUUCCUAAUGAAACUAAUAAGGUAUGAUGCGAAAUGCAAAGACAGCAGUCAGUCUGACAUUGGCGACCACUUGAAUUGCACCAAGCGACUGAAGACGUUGAUUGCAAUUGGCUUGAGCCCUGCAAUCACUGGCUUCUUAACAAGGAAGAAGCUUCAGCGUUACUUGUGGUCUGCCAAGAGGGCAUGUGGGGUCUAUAGUAGUGUGGAUAAUGGACAGAGCUUCGAGACUACAGACUCCACGUUAAUCGAGGAAGGACUGAAGCCCGAAGCGAAAGAAUCUGACCGAAGUUACAUCUCAGUUGCAAUUGAUUCUUCUAACCAUGUUCUCAGAAAACCCCUACGUUCUACCCUUACAAUAAGCUUUGACAUGCCUUUGCAGUAGACAUUAUUUUAUGGUUAUAAAGGAGGAACUAUGCUAAUAUUUUGGACGUCAUGCAUCAUAAGAACUGUGUUUAGCUUUAAAAUGAUAUUACAAUGAUGUAGUGCUUCUUUUUGGACAUUUUAUCAUAUAAUUUAUAAGUUUAAUAAAUACUUCUGUGAAAACACUGUACAGAUAUAAUAAAAACACUGGGUUUUCCACAUUGUAUAUUAUACUUGUUUGUGCGUUAUAUUGAAACACAUUUCUAUACUUUUCCCGCACUUUCUUGAAUAUG